GUGAGGAGACGAGGCUCGUCCCAUCACAACUCGCUGAAAACUUCACAUCACUACUUCUAUACUACGACUGACCAACGAAGGACUGUGAACGGAAACAAUGGGACAUUAACUUUCAGCCCGGUGAUUUCAUUUGAGUGCGUUUAGUUGUUUGAAGCUCAUAAAGAAGGCAACAGUUUUCAAGUUAGCGCUGGAUGCUGAGAUGCUCAGACAGUGACAGCUUUUCUUCAGUCCUGAACGAGUUAUAAAACGCCAUGAAAGACGACUUUGCAGACGAGGAGGAAGUACAGUCUUUUGGAUACAAGAGGUUUGGAAUCCAGGAGGGCACCCAGUGCACCAAGUGUAAGAACGAAUGGGCACUGAAAGCUUCUAUAGCCCUUCUCUAUGUGCUCUGUACUCUCCUCACCAUCGCCGUCGCUGUACUCGGCUAUAAAGUUGUACAAAGAGUCGACAGUGUGUCUGAAGGGAUCGCAAACUAUGGAGGGAAGAUAAUGGAGGUGGAAACUGACUUGAAGAAAUUGGAUGAUCAAACUGGAGAAAAGUCAGAGAACACCUCGACAGAGAUCCAGGCCUUCAAGAACAACAUCUGGGCCCUACAGAGGCAGCUGUCUGAGGUGGAGGAACGCAUCCACAGUGAUCAAGUUAAGCUGAGUCAGCUGCAGGACAUUGGCUCCGACAUCCAAAGCAGCCACGGUUCCAUUCAGGGGAUUCUAGACAGCAACACAGCCACCCUGGGCUUUGUCAAUGGCACCUUGCAUUCCUAUGGAAGCAUCAUUGAGGGUCUGCAGGAUGAUACCAUGCGGCUGCAGCGGGAGCUCCAGCAGCAAGUGACAUUCCAGAGUCAGGCUUUGCUCAGCAUCAGCGGCCUGAACUUGACGCAGGCUCAGCAGCGCGGCCUCAUCGCUGCUCUGCACCGCUCUGUAGAAGAUACGAGUGUUGCAAUACAAAAAAUGCGCAAUGACUAUCAAAGCCUGGAGCAGGCGACCAGACAGACGCGCUCUGAUACGGACUGGCUUCGGAAUAAAGUGGAAAACCUGCAGAUUUUGGCAAGCAACGCUUCCAUUCUGGCCAAGGCCAACAACGACAGUCUGGAGGAGGCCAGUUCUCAGCUCACUUUAAUGUCCGCUCAGCUGCAAAACACCAGCAGUCUCACUGAGUCACAUGAUCAGACCCUCAGGGAGCUCGUGGACCAUCAGAGAGACUUUGGCAACCUGACGUCCUCAAAAUUUGACAGACUGGAGGUGCGACUGGCCCAGUCAGAGCAGAGUAUAGACCGGGUGACUGGCAACAUCAGCUUUACCACACAGCUCCUCGGCUCCAUCAACCUGAACCUCAAUGACUUGCGAUCCUGUUCGGAGACGGUUGGCCGUCACUCUGACUUCCUGCUCAACCUGAACAGCACUUUGGCUGAUGUUAGGACGGAUUCUGCUGGUUUGAAAUCCCAACAAGAGGACCUGGCGUCACGUCUGGAUAAAGAGGUCACCAAUCUCUCGAUUGUUAUGGAGGAGAUGAAGCUGGUAGACACCAAACACUCUCAGCUCAUCACUAACUUCACAAUUUUACAAGGUCCGCCUGGUCCCAGAGGACCAAAGGGCGACAAAGGACCCCAGGGACCAGCUGGUCAACCAGGCCAGAAGGGAGAAAAGGGAGAGAAAGGUGUCUCAGGUUUACGUGGAGCAAAAGGAGAACAGGGUGCCCCUGGACCAACUGGUUUGACAGGGUUGAAAGGUUUCCCAGGAGUGCCCGGUAAUCCUGGAUCAAAGGGUCCUCGAGGUUCUGGAGGCAGGGCAGGACCUGCUGGAGCUAAAGGAGAGCCUGGUACUGCUGGUUUACCAGGACGAGACGGACAGCCUGGCACAGAGGGGGCAAUGGGUCCACCAGGUAUGAGAGGCCCGUUGGGACCACCGGGAGAGCAGGGUCCGAGGGGAUUGCCUGGACCAGUCGGGCCUCCAGGACCACCUGGGGCUCCGGGACAACCAGGAAUGGUUGUACGAAUUCCAGUUCCAUUGGGUCCUGUGUCCCUGCAGGAUGAGGCAGUGGCACCAACGCUGUGGGCCCCAGGUUGCCCUGCUGAGUGGCUCAACUACAGAGACAAGUGCUACUUCUUCUCAAAAGACCUUCAAGGUUUCGAUGACGCAAAGAGAACAUGUGCGUCAAGCUCUGCUUCUCUCUUGAUCAUCAACGAUUUGGAAGAGCAGAAAUGGGUGAAAAAGCAAAUCUCUGGAAAAGGUUACCUCUGGAUCGGUCUUACCGACAGAGAUGAGGAGAAUGUGUGGCGCUGGCUGGAUGGGACUCAACCUACAUUCACGAAGUGGAAGCCCGGCCAGCCAGACAACUGGAACCAUGGCCAUGAGUCAGGAGAGGACUGUGCUGGUCUUGUCCAUGAUGGAUUAUGGAAUGAUUUCUUCUGUGAAGACCUAAUUAGCUUUAUCUGUGAGAAGGAAAUGAAGACCUCAGGAUUGUAGCGUCGUCGAGAGAAUGGUCUUCUAUAGAGCAGCUAAAAUGAAACCACAUGGCACUGGUCCACCUAUUUGGUACUGGAGAGUUCAAACACGGAUGUAUGUGACUGGCCUGAGACAGCGAGAGUCUCUCCUCCUCCAGAUGUUCACCAGCAAGUGCAAUAACUGCAGGGCAACCAAUGAGGGAUGUGUUUCAUAUAUUUUUGUAAACUGAACGAAUCACUACAUGUUUCAUAUAUUUUAAUAUGAGGAAAAGACAUUUUAUAAUUCUGUAUACCAUGUGCAACUGAAUAUAUGAAUGUAUAUUUUAUUAUUACAAGUUUAGAUUUGUAUAAAUCCAAAGGAACCUACAUUCAAUCAGAUCUUAGUCUCUUGAGCGAAGAAUAAAAGGUGCUGAAUUAUGGAAAUAUGCGUCACAGAAUCUCCAUUUAACCUCUUUGUCACUGUGUAGAGUUCUCAUUUAAACACGCAGAGUCUGGGAGACUGACAGUUUUCACGCUCCACACUCAACUGUCGUAGAUCUACUUUUAAUUCUGUGUUCUGUUGAAGGAAAAAACCAAUAUGACAUUUUCUGCACUCAGGUACAAACUGUUGGAAAAUGAAAGAAAUAAAGGUGUAAA